CCCCGUUAUCUAAAGCCCUCAAUUCAAGCAAAUCUGCACAAAAUCAGAUUUACAGCUGAGUAGAAGUCUUAACUACAGCCUUUUAUGGUCGUGGUUAGACCUGUAACUUAAAUGCUGCUGUCACAGGUUUUAAAAGAGAGAGAGAGAUUGAGGAAUCGAGGAAUGCAAUUUAUGACAGAGAGAUAGUCACUUGUGGAAGAAAGGUGGUUUUUUGGGCUGCCCGUUUCUGUCCUCUCGCGCCCUUCCUUUAUAGGUCCAUAAAGAGGUCGGUGGACGGGUUUUUCGGGACUCCAUGCUGGCUGGCCAUUUUCCUCCCUCCCUUGGCUUGCGAGAACGACACGAGGCUAGCAGAAGCGCUGGCGACCGUUCGUGGCCUUGAAAACAGCUUCCAGUCAACGCAGAGGCUUCGAGCGAGUCCCAGGCCCGAGUCCAGCCAAACUCGUGGCGUCUUUCUGUCCCUCCCCAAUCAACCUCGCGUUGGCUUUGAUGCCCUCUCUAUCGAGCAGGGCCGGCCUUCUCCUCUCGGGCGUCCUCCUCCCUCAGCCAGCUAAUCCAGCCCUGAGCGGCUUCCUCUGCCAGGCCUCACCUGCCCUGGGAUGGUUCCCCAGCCCGGGACUCGCCUCCAACCCCCCCGCCCUCCGGGCACAACCGCUCUCUUUCCCCUAGUCCAGCAGCUCCGCUUUCCGAAGAGGUGAGUUCACUUCGCUCGGAGUUCUUUAAACAAGGGCCUUACCUGAGCGCGCCUCUUCCAAUGGCUGCUCACCUGAGGGCCAGCUCUGCCCAAUCAGCUCGCAGCUCGUCCCUCUGCCUUCUAUUCUCUAGUGAAAGAAUCCAGCUUCUCUUGGGAAAGUUACCUGUAGGCGCCUUUAGACUUUGCUGCUUCCCUGCUCGGAGCCCUAAACAGCAGGGGGAGGGAGAGCGAAAAAGCCCAGAGCCCAGCCAGUCUUCUUUCCACAUGCGAGGGGCGGGGAGAAGGGGGCUUUACCUGUCCCACUCCUACCUCCGCGGCUGGCUGAGGGAGAAGUAGAGGGGGGGAAGAAAAGCAGAAUUACCAGUAGCUCUGGUUCUGCCGUCCCGGGCGCUCGCUCUCACACACUUACACACACACACACAUACACAAACCUUUACCUGCACAGACUUGAAAGUCCAGUUUCACCAGAGAGACUGAGGCACCUGGAAAAGGGGAGAGAGUUCAUUGGAUCAAACAUGUCACAAGAGACGGACAAUAAAAACCGGCUUGUGACCAUAGUGCCCAGCGAUGCUCCAUUCAACACCAGAAGAGCCUACACAAGUGAAGAUGAAGCUUGGAAAUCUUACCUGGAGAAUCCCUUGACAGCAGCUACUAAGGCUAUGAUGAGCAUCAAUGGGGAUGAGGACAGUGCUGCUGCUCUUGGAUUACUAUAUGAUUAUUAUAAGGUUCCCAGAGAAAAAAGACUGCUGUCUGUUAACAAACUGAGUGAUAAUCAAGAAGACCAAGAUAAAAGAAGCUGUCUUACCAUCAGUGAAACUCAGAAUAACUUGAGCAGCGGCAGUGAAAACAGAGUGCAGGUCUUAAAAACCAUACCGGUAAACCUCUCUUUGAAUCAGGAACCCUUAGAGACUUCCAAAAGAGAGCAAUUUAGCACAAGCGUAUCGGGAAGCCCAACCUCAAUUUCUGUGACGGGCGUUAUGGUGGUCAAAGCCGAAGACUACACCCCUGUUUACAUGGCUCCGUCGGUGCAUUAUGCAAGAGGAGAAAACGAGGAGCAUCGGGGAGUUAUAUUUGAACAUGCACAUUAUGAAGUGCCUAGCAUCACACCCCAUACGACCUAUAUGAAAGAUGACCAGCGCAGUACUCCCGAUAGUACUUACAGCGAUACUUUUAAAGAUGGAGGGGCAGAGAAAUAUCGCAGUGGUUCUGUGGGGCCUGAAGAAUACAUUUAUGAACAAACAGCCAACAGCACAUUUCGCUAUACACUGGAAGCGACCAAAUCCCUGCGUCAAAAGCAAGGCGAGGGACCAAUGACCUACUUAAACAAAGGACAAUUCUAUGCCAUAACUUUGAGUGAGACUGGAGACAACAAGUGCUUCAGACAUCCCAUCAGCAAAGUCAGGAGCGUGAUCAUGGUUGUGUUCAGUGAAGAUAAAAACCGAGAUGAACAGCUGAAGCACUGGAAAUACUGGCAUUCCCGGCAACACACAGCUAAGCAGAGGGUCCUUGACAUUGCUGAUUACAAGGAAAGCUUCAACACUAUUGGGAAUAUUGAAGAAAUUGCUUACAAUGCUGUGUCCUUUACUUGGGAUGUCAAUGAAGAAGCAAAGAUUUUCAUCACUGUGAAUUGCCUGAGCACAGAUUUCUCUUCUCAAAAAGGAGUGAAGGGGCUUCCUUUGAUGAUUCAAAUUGACACAUAUAGCUACAAUAACCGCAGCAACAAACCCAUCCACCGUGCCUUCUGCCAGAUCAAGGUUUUCUGCGACAAGGGAGCUGAGAGGAAAAUCCGAGACGAAGAGAGGAAGCAAAACAGGAAGAAAGCAAAAGGCCAGCCAUCUCAACCCCCCUGUAGCAAUGCUGAAGGGAAACUGACCACUGCCACCCUCCAGAAGAAGAGUGACAUCACUUACUUCAAAACAAUGACGGACCUGGACUCACAGCCUGUUCUCUUCAUACCAGACGUUCACUUUGGGAAUCUCCAAAGGACUGGGCAGGUUUACUAUAACACAGAUGACGAGCGAGAAGGUAGUAUCUUGGCUAAAAGGAUAUUCCGGCCAGUAGAGGAGGAAUUUGGACCACCACCACUGAAGCAAAUAAAAGAGGAAGGAACAAAAAGAGUGCUGCUCUAUGUGAGGAAAGAGGCCGAUGAAGUGUUUGACGCUUUGAUGUUAAAGUCUCCCACUGUAAAGGGACUGAUGGAAGCGAUUUCUGAGAAAUACGGUCUUCCAGCUGAAAAGAUUACAAAACUUUACAAGAAGAGCAAAAAAGGGAUCUUGGUAAACAUGGAUGAUAACAUCAUUGAACAUUAUUCCAACGAAGACACUUUCAUCCUCAACAUGGAGAGCAUGGUGGAAGGCUUCAAGGUCACAUUGACAGAGAUCUAGUCUAGGUCAGAGUUGACUCUUGUGAAGUUACAACAUUUCCCCCUUGCCUUAAAGAAGGGAACAGUUCCUCUUAAAACCCUGGUGACUCACUGAUGUUGAGAAGAGAGGCUGUUACAGAACGUCACUAGAAAUGAGCGUGUUCCUUUUUGGCUCAGAAAACAAACCUGGUCAUUACUCAUCAGAUGAACUGAACUUCACAAAGUUGCCUAUUUAUUGCUCCUUCCUCUGCUGUGUCAACAAUCAAAGGACUCUGGACUUCACCAUCUUGCCCAUUGCUAGGGUGAAACAGUGACUUUAAAAAAAUAUAUCCAUUAGUUAAUACGGUAGAAAAUGAAUUUGUGGAAUGGCAUUAAUCCAGCUGGGACAUUUAUCAUUAAAGUUGUGCCCUCCAGAAAAAAAAUGGGUAGAAGAUGUGAUCUGAUGGUCUCCAGCUGUGCAAAACUCCCAUCAAGUGCUGAGUGAGGAACACAGAGCUUAGCCAUAUACCCCCAAACGCUUCCCAGCACAGGGCAACUGAGGACUGUAAGUAAGGCACUCAGUUGGCCUGUCAGAAAAUCACCACCCAUUUUAAUGUUUGUAUAUAAUGUUUAUAAUAUGUAAUAAUAUAUUUUUCCUACCCUUAUGGAUGUGUUUACUGCCACUCUUGUUUUGUGCUGGGAUCAGAAGCUGGCAGAGAUUCUUGCAGUGAGAUUAGUUCUGCCAUCAAUGUGCAGAGAGGCUGAUGGUGUUUCUAUAUCUUUUGUCUGUGACUUGCCCAGCAUCUAUAUUAGAGUGUUAGAACCCUUCUAGUCAUCACACUGGACAUUGUCACUGUGAGGCUUUGCUCCCUUUGAGGUCUCUCCCUUCCAUGUCCAUCCUCCAUGCAAUGGUACUGCACAGCCUUCCCAGUUUUUCUUACACAUCAUUGCCAGAUGUGACCCUUUUUUGUUGCUAUGCAUAAUGCGUGCAAACAGAACUAAAGCUUCUCCCUCCCCGCGUGUCUGUUUCCAGUGCAGACAAUGGUUUUUUAAAAAAAUAAUUAAAGUAAUAGUGUGCCUCUUCAGAGUGCCUUUCCUUUGGUCCCUGUAGCAAACUGGGAUCAAACCUGAACUGAACUAGAUUGCCUUUUUAUUUAUAUGAGCCAUAACAUGGAUGAAUGGAUCUGGGUCAGCAAAUGAGGAGUCACCAGUUGAGCAGCUGCUUGUGUGAUUUCUUUUGUCUCUCUUCAUAAUUGAAGCCAUUAACAGCCAGGACCCGUUCACACAAUUUGCAAGAUUGCCCUCUUUCAGGUAUGUUCCUUCUCUGUGAAGGAACCCACCUGGAGGUGCCCUGUGUGAAUGGUGCCAAGAAAGGUACUGUAUAUCUCUGAUCAUUUGCAUGAAGGGAGUUUUGCUCAGUGGAGUUGACUUAGAGAACUGCAUGCCAACAAUCUUAGCAUGGCCAGAACCUAAGGGAUAUACUCGUGAGUCAAAUGGGCCAUAACUCAAAAUUUGGCUUUAAAAAGGUUCUUGGGCACUUGAAAUAAAGCAGGUUAUGCCUCAUGUAUCGUGGUGACACAAGCUGGGUGUUCCUCCUCCAUCUUUUCUUUCCCUGCCACUUCUAACUCACCUUGCCCAUAUUUGGGAUCCCAUGAUGACCCCAAAUUUCCCUUCUCAGGAUCAUUGGCUGCAGUUUCCUUGUCACUGCAUUUCUCCAAGAGUCGUGGCAAUAAUGGGAGAAAUCUUGUGUGAAUGGAUCUUCUGUGUACUUCAUUUGUUUAGUGUAAAUUUCUAGUGUCCCCUGAUGGGUCACACUAGAGUGUAAAUAUAAAGAUGUACAUACACUUUCUUGACAGGGUUCUAAAUGUACAUAAAAGUCCUGACAAUAGACUUCUCUUUUGUAUAUUAUUCUGCCCCUGCUGACUGAGCAAAGAGGCACCUUUUUAAAGAGGUGGCUGUCUUGUAUAUUUAGCAGUGGGAGAUCAACUGUCCCUGUUUAACCCAGCAUAGUAUUCCUUCCAGUGUCUCCUCUGUGUUUCUUUCAAGAUUGUGAGCCCCUUUGAGACAGAGAAAUAUCUUCUCAUUCUUGUUUGCUAUAUAACUGCUUUGAUAACUUCUUUGUUGUUAUAAAGCAGUAUAUAUGUAUUCUUAAAUAAUAACUCAGGCUGUCACAACAGUAACUAGUAAGACAGUUUUUCACUGUACUUCCGUUAAUGGGCUUCCAGUGUUUGCUACACAAGACAGUGAAAUGAAGAAAAACUCUCAACCGUCUGCCCAUACUUCAGUAGCAUUUCUGUGGCUUGAAGGUGGCUCCAUUGUCCGUUAGCAGCCUUGCUGGUGAACCAAGAAUGAAAAAUGCAAUGCCGCCUUUAUUUUUAAUUUGUUCUUAAAAUCCUGAGGGCCUGAAAAUAUGAAAUACCAAUGUGAAAUGAAAUCCUCAAAAUUCGGUCAUGGGCUUAAAGGAACUAUGAGCUUUGCAUAGAGUGCACAGGAAAUAUGAUCUAAAACAGACUUUAAAAACAGGCAUGGAUUCAAGCAAAGUUCAGAUAAAUUCAUCAGAGUCCAGAUGAGUGCAAUUCUGUGCACAAAAAAGACAGCCACAAAAUGGCACGAUACAAAGGAACAUUCUUACAGUCCUACAAGAUGUAAAUUGACGUAAUUAAAAUGUUAGGAUUUUUUUGGCUUCUGUUGACGUGCAGAGGCCUGAAAUGGGCCGAAAACAGCCCAACCUGCCGCUUGGGCAGCAGGUGGGCUCAGGGAAGGAGCUCUUGCCUCUGCCUCCCCCCUCCUCGGUCUCCCCUCACCUUGAGUGCCUGCACCCCACUAGCUGCCCCCCACCCCUAAUCUCUGGUACCCUCCCCGCCGCACACUGGCAGUUGAAAAAAGUUUUUAAAAGUUUAACUUUCCCUCAAGCUCCCAAAGCCCUCCCUGAACCCCUCAAGCCAGGUGCAGCAAAUCAUUUUUACCUACAGGCAGCGAAAAGAUUAACGUGCCCCAAUCAUUUUAAGGGCAAUUGUUUCGAUCAGAAUCUUACAUCUUCAAGUUUAAUCAGUAUUGGCUAUUUAGGGAGAAAAUUGUAGUAAUUUGAUCCAGAUCAGCAGCUUGUGCAAAAGGCUAGGGAGAAGAGACAUCCCUUUUGUGUAUACUUGCAUAAGCAUGAAUGUCCCUUGUAGUCAUGUAAGACUAUAGCCCUAUGUAGAUAUUCCAUUGUAUGUAUGUACAAUUAUCUGUACACAUGUCCAUAUUUUUGUGUGAAUUUACAUUCCUUUUUAAAGUGAACCAGGUUUUGGCCCCCCUCAAAUGCAGGACAGCUAUAGGAAGUAUACUGUUGUACAUGCAUUGAACAUAAUGUGUAAUAACUGUAUGUAUAUACAGAUCUGUACAUGCAUACACUGUACACAGAUUGUUACAUAUAUUGACUAUAAUGUGUAUCUAAAGUGAAUUGCAUUCUGAUUUAACCUUGCAUGAGAAUUGACUAAGGUUGCCAAAACUGUUUAUGACAGACUGAAAUUUUCUGCUUUGAAGAACGGUGCACGACAGGCAGGAAUUCAAGGGAUUUUUUUUUCUUUUUAGUCUAGAUUGCACUUCUUUAACAAAUCUUGGUAGCUGUUAAAUACAUAAGAGCCUCUGUGGGGAAAGCAGUUGGCAACCAUAGAGUUGAAAGUGACACAAACAACGAGGAACUAUUAUAAUGUAUCCCUUCUGCUCUGCAGUUUAGCACUUACAGUAUAAGCAAUGACUGGUUCAAAUGGUAGUUUUCAAACUUUGUUCCAGAAAAGAUCAGUAAUCGUCUGUUAAGCUUUCCUGAAAGAUCAUUUACCCAUCUACUAUCAACCUUUCCAUGCAUUGUGUAGCCACAGAGGAAUGUCGAGUGCCCUGUGUAUGCCCUCCCGUAUACCCUAGAGUCAUUUAUGGCAGCAGGAGUUCUCAAACUUGGAUCCCCAGAUGUGGUUGGACAAUGCCCAUCAUCUCCUGUUGUUGGGCGUCAACUCUCAUGGGGAAAAUGAGAGUUGUAGUCUAACAUCUGGAGUCCCAAGUUUGAGAACCCUGGAUUUACAGCAGGCUGGCUGCAGAGGAAAGGCUCCUAAGUACCUCCGCACUAGGGUAGCAUCAGGAAUUGGCCAGGCUGAGCACAGCCUCAAGGACUCAUGUUCAUUGGAGGAUCCACCCAGCUGACCCCACACGAAGCCCCUGGAGCAUCUGCUGCUUUUGCUCUUGUCUACCACACUCAGUAAGCCAUUGACUCCUGGCUUACUGACUGAAAAACAACAGCGGACAUACUCCUUAGCUGUGGCACCAUUUUCAAGCUUGCCCAUGCUGCCUCCUUGGGAGGGGUGGGAUAUGGAACAUUUCAAAAACAGCAGCAGUGCUGCUGCUGAGAGGAGCAUCUGCUGAUGCCCACCAUCACCCAAUACACAAGAGCGCAAUGGGGAGGCUUACCGGCUGGGGGUGGGGGUGGCAGUAAACACUUUCGGCAUGAUUGACAAUUUGUGACAGUGCUGAAGAGACAGCAUCCUCCUGCUGCUGCUGCUGCUUUAGCUUUCCCAGGCAGGCAGGCAUUCUAGAGGGAAUGGGGACCCGGUCUUGUGGUAGCAAGCAUGACCUGUCCCCUUUGCUGAGCAGGGUCUGCCCUGGACCCUGGUUGCAUAUGAAUGGGAGACUACAUGUGUGAGUACUGUAAGAUAUUCCCCUUAGGGGAUGGGGCCGCUCUGGGAAGAGCAUCUGCAUGCUUGCAUGCAGAAGGCUCCAGGUUCCCUCCCUGGCAUCUCCAAGAUAGGGCUGAGAGAGAGAUUCCUACCUGCAACCUUGGUGAAGCCACUGCUGAUCUGUGUAGACCAUACUGAGCUAGAUGGUCUGACUCGAUAUAUGGCAGCUUCCUAUGUUCCUAUGCAUGCUGAUCUGCUGAGCAACCAUUUCCACCCUCCCCACCUCGCAUGGUGCUAAACCAGCCAGGAAAGCUAACUGGGCAGCAGAUGGUCAGUGAUGCUGAAGAAAAAGCACCCAUCCACUGCCCAGUUAGUUUUCUGGGGUACUUGGUCACCAUCAGAGGUGGGAGCAGGCAGUGUGCACAUACUCAUACCAUGGGAAGCAGGCAAGAGCCUCAGUCCCCAGGGCAAAACUUUGCUCCCCAGAAUGUGGCACUGACUCAUGUUCCACACAUGCACAAACCAAUGCGGAGAAUAACCUUUUAAGGCAGAGAGUUUGAAAAGAACUGAAGCUACCCUUAUGAUUGCUCUCUAAGACCAAUAUCCUUAUUGCUAAGACUUUGCAUACCUUCUGAGCUUGGCUGGUAUGCGCACACUUCAUCUUUGCAGGAAAGGUGUGUGGAAAUGGUCUAGAACAAUUGCUAGGUCAAAUCCGGCUUCAGAGCUCUUCUAAUAUAUACUGUUUAAGGAAAAUGCAUGAACUACUGAAUUUAAAACCCUCUUUUCUUUGUUGGACAAGGGAGAUCAGAAUCCCCUUCAAGCUUAGCCAUUUUUCUGGUGUUUGUUUUGCCAACUAUCUGAUACUAAAUGGAAGUGACUUUGACAUGUACACACAAAUGUAUGAAUUCUGCCAUUUUCCCAGCAUUUCCCCCAAUGUUUAUUCUCCUCUCUUCUAAUCUUGUGGACUGUUUGGGAAAGUUGCAAAAUGAGCUGAACAGUUCAUAUUCAGUUUUCCUGAUUAAAAGGAAACUUUUAAAAGAAAAACCUGUUAUGGAUUCAGCCUGCAGAAUGAUGUGGAACUGGAAAUGAGCAGGUUUAUUGAAGCUUUGAAAGUAUACAGCAUGUAAAACGUUUGUUGCUUCUGCACCUCUGACCCCUUCCUCCCUCUCCUCCAGUGUUUUUCCUGGGAAAUGGUGACAUGAUACAAACAAGAGUGUUUGUGCCAAAAUUAUGUGCACAGUCCCCGUCUCUGUAAAGCAAGGAACCUAUGUCUAAACACUGUGUGCUGUUUAAUUAUAAGAAAAUAGUUCAUGUAACUUAAUAGUUUUGUACAUGGGAGAAGGGAAUCUGUAAACAUAAACAACAGGUUUAUUUUAUUUUUUUGUACAUUUUUAUCAGAAGGCAAUAAAUAUUCAUAAGCUAUAA